GAUGGGUGCUGGCGUGGGGGGGUUGGGAAAUGUAUCGUACGGGAAGCCGGUUGAAACUGUUAUAAUUAACUGAGAAUCAUGAUACGUGAAAGUGCAGUGACAUGACCGUUCCUAAUGAACUACUAGUCUUAUUCUUCGUGUGGUGUUUCUUGAAUAUCAGUAUGCUGACUAAUACAUAUUAUACUUUGUGAUUCGUUGUAAUGUGGGGUGACCAUGGCCCAUAUCAAAAUGUCAGGACGUAAGAGCGAGCAUUUUACGCCUGAAGAGUUUCCAAUGACUGUGAGGACAGAAGGCAGUGCACAACUCAUUACGGAAGAAGGAAGAAGAAACACUCACUGUGGUGUGGACGCACUAGCGGAGGAUGAGCAGCACGCGCAUAAGACUGAAACAACGGGACUCCUGAAUACACAAACAAAGGCAUCACUCUACUUCAGGGAUAAAAAACGCAGUAUUGACUUUGUGAUUGUAUGGGAUGAGCACAAUGAAAAAGCAGUAACACAUGAAUCCCGUGAGAGGCGACGUAUAUUUGAAAAGAAUCUAAUUCAAGAAGGACUUGAACUUGAAUAUGAAAAGCCAGAACCAAAUGGAUUGGUUUUUAUUAAGAUCCAUGCACCGAUGGAGGUGCUGCGACGGUAUGGUGAGAUUCUCAAGCUCCGUAUGCCAAUGAAAGAGGAUCUAUGCCAGGUCCACAAGAUCGUUAGAAUGAAUCCCUUGUUGCAUGCAACAUUUUUCCUGUCAAAAAAGAUCCCAGCACUGCAAGAAGUUCAUCAGAAAACGCACAACAUUUUGGACGGAGUCACUUCGUUAGCUGCUCGUGCUACAGCUCCUCUUAAAGUGGAUCCAACACUUUUUCCUAAAUCCAACCAGCGUUAUACAGCUGUUUACAGCAGAGACCGGGAGUACUUGUUUGAUAUAAAGGCACCUGGGUUUUUUACACCAGCCAUCCAUUCACGUAUUGUGCAGUUCAUACUUGAUCGCAACCGUUUCUCAGAAGCUGAACAUGAUGACUUCGCAUUUGGUAUUGAAAGACUCAUUGCAGAAGCAGCUUACGUUGCAGCAUAUCCUCUGCAUGAUGGUGAUCUCAAAACAACUGGCAGUAUGCGCUACAAGCUGUACACGGAGUGGGCUUCCGUCUCCAAGUGCUUCCACUACCAGCCACUGGAUUACAUCAAGGAAUAUUUUGGUGUCAAAAUUGCCUUGUAUUUUGCGUGGUUGGGCUUCUAUACACACAUGCUGUUACCUGCCUCUGUUGUUGGAAUAAUCUGUUUCAUAUACAGCUGUGUUACGCUUUAUGACAAUCAACCAAGUGAAGACAUCUGUAACAGUCAACUAAACAUCACCAUGUGUCCUCUGUGUGACUACUUCUGUAGUUUCUGGAAUCUUACAGAAACAUGUCUUCAUGCACGAAUAACGUAUCUUUUUGACAAUCCUACAACAGUCUUCUUUGCCGUAUUCAUGUCAUUUUGGGCUGCAACAUUCUUAUGUCUAUGGAAGCGCUACUCUGCUGAAAUCACACAUCGCUGGGACCUCACUGCAUUCGAUAUCCGAGAGGAACACCCCAGGCCGCAGUAUUUGGCCAGGCUUGCGCACGUAAAGCGCAAGCAGAUCAACAUUGUUACCAACACCAUGGAACCAUGUGUGCCCUUUUGGAAAGUCCGCCUGCCAGCUACAAUUCUCAGUUUUUCUGUCGUCAUGCUUUUGGUAGCACUAGCAGUUGCUGCUGUUCUGGGUGUUGUGUUGUAUCGGAUGUCUCUUAUGGCUGCACUAUCAGUUUGUAAUGAAAAACUGGAUGCAAGCUGUGCAUUCAAAAGUUAUGCCAUGAUUUUUACAACUGCAACAGCUGCUUCCAUUAAUCUUUGUUGCAUCAUGGUCUUCAAUUAUGUUUACCAGUGGCUUGCAGAACUUUUAACAGAGUUGGAACUUCUACGUACACAGACCGAAUUUGAUGAUAGUCUCACACUUAAAAUCUAUCUUCUUCAGUUUGUAAAUUAUUAUGCUUCUAUAUUCUACAUAGCAUUUUUCAAAGGCAAAUUUGUGGGAUAUCCAAAAGAGUACAAUCGUCUCUUCUCAUACAGGCAGGAAGAGUGCAGUCCUGGAGGAUGUCUAAUGGAGUUAUGCAUUCAGCUUGGAAUUAUAAUGAUUGGCAAACAAGCUGUGAACACACUGCUUGAAAUGUUAUUUCCAUUAUUCUUCAAAUGGCUGAAUACACUGAAAGUGAAGACAGGAUUUAGGAAGAAAGGACUGGAAUCAUGCCGGUCAAGGUGGAUGAAAGACUUUAAACUGGUGGAAUGGGGCCCACGUGGACUCUUUCCAGAAUAUCUUGAGAUGGUGCUGCAGUAUGGUUUUGUUACCAUUUUUGUGGCUGCUUUCCCAUUGGCACCAUUCUUCGCAUUACUGAACAAUAUUCUUGAGAUGCGUCUGGAUGCCAAAAAGUUGCUAACUUUUUACCGGAGGCCAGUAACACAGCGUGUCAGAGAUAUUGGUGUCUGGUUUCGUAUCUUGGACUCAAUUGGAAAAUUGUCUGUAAUUAGUAAUGGAUUCAUCAUUGCCUUCACAUCAGACUUCGUACCCCGUAUGGUGUACAGAUUGACUGUCUCACCUGACCAUACUUUAAAGGGAUACCUGAAUCAUUCAUUAUCAUACUUCAAUACAAGUGAUUUUGAGCCAGGUUCGGAGCCACAAGUUGGCAAUGGAGAUGUGACUAUAUGCAGGUAUCCUGAUUUCCGCGAGCCUCCUUGGUCACCCAACAAGUAUGAAAAAACAGCAAUGUUCUGGCAUGUCCUAGCUGCCAGACUUGCUUUUGUUGUUGUGUUUGAGAAUGUGGUAGCCCUUGUGAUGAUACUUGUCCGAUGGGGAAUACCUGAUAUGCCAGGUGAUUUGCGUGACCAGAUCCGCCGUGAGACAUACAUAACUAAUGAGAUCAUCAUAAGACAAGAGGCGAUGAGGGCACGGGGUGACAUACCAGAAGAGGGUGACUUGUUGUUGGGAGGAGGAACAGAAAAUGAUGAUGAUUCUGAUGAUGGGGACGGGCCAGCAACUGUUUUUUGGCACAAGAUGACAGGUUCUGAAUUGGACUUAGCAGGAGUUGGUUUGCCUACAGAGAACAGUAUUGGAGUCGGUCGGGGAACGUCGCAGUCGGGGCCUGUUGCUGUUUGAAGCCAGCUCCUGUGCACACACACUGCCUUUUUCGCAUUGCUACCUAUUAAAGAAUAUAAUAUAUUCACAUAAUGAAACUUUUGAAAGGUAAUGUAACCAAAUUGUGGUAAAUAAACCACUCAGUGAGUACAGUGACCAAAAAAGAGAAUAUAUUUCAUUUGUAAAGUUGUUAAAAGUUAUAAUGUAUUGAAGGUGUUUUAUGUGUUUUGAUGUCUAAAUUUGUAUGUAUUCCUGCCAUAAUAUUUACUCCAAGUAUAGAAGGUAUUACAACAUAUUGCCCAUAUUUUAAAUUUAAGUGUUUUUUGUAAUAAAUAUCAUCAACAAUAUUGUGAUGAGAAGCUGCUAUGCAGAAACAAUUCCAUUCAUAUUUAAUGUACAAUAUUUUAUUAAUGAGUUCAUGCAAUAUUUUCAAUCUCUGCAUGAAAUUUCAAUUGCAUUGGAAGGCUGUGACAGGUUGUGCAAUAUAGAUGGAAAACUAUUUUAUCUCUUAACAGUUAAAUAUCCAGCUUUGUGUAGGAUUGUUGUGCUAGUAUUUUAAAAAUAAUGACACAUUGUUUGGAACACUAGUGACAAAUCACAAAGUGAUAUUAGUUCCUACUACACUAAGUGUAGUCAAUUUUAACUCUUUGAAUUUCUUAAUAGUCUAACAUAAUACCAAGUAUAUUGUAAUGUUAAAGCUUUACAGAUGUUUUGACAUUAUUGGUGUUACAUAUCAUACUUCAUUUUGUAUAUUAGACUUGAUCAUAUCAAGCAAAGGAAAUUAAGCAGUUAUGGCAUGUUGUCAAGAAUAUUUUGUGCUUCCAUGUCAAUUAUUGGUUGGUCAGAGCUUUUAAUAGUAUCAUUUUGUAUCACCAAGUACAGAAAAAAAUACAGCACAGCCAUAGGGAAAGUCCCAUGGGUUGUAUGUGCCACUGCCUUAGUUUUUGACAUUGUGGCAUACAAAAUUGUAUUACAGUAUUACAUCUCAGAA